ACACCUGAAGAAGCCGAAGAAAUUCAAGACAAGGCACGCGAAAUGGGUCUCACUCGAUUUAUUGAGCAUUAUGUGAUUGAAGAAAAGGUGUCUGUAGCAAAACUAUUGGAGGUAUUCAGAGUACAUCCUAAAGCCGCGAUAUUAGCCACAGAUUUGGAACUACUUCCCAUCUUGCGCAGCGUCGUCAAUCGCCACCUCCGCAAACGUAACCGGCUCACCAAUGUCAACACACUCCAAGACGUCGUCGACCUUUUGCGCACCAGCUCCAAUAUCAUGAUCGUCACUGGCGCAGGUGUGUCUGUGUCCUGUGGCAUUCCCGACUUCAGAUCCGAAACCGGCAUUUAUGCCAGACUCCAAGAAUACGAACUCGAGGAUCCACAGCAGAUGUUUGACAUUCAAUACUUCCGAGAUAGUCCAGAGAUCUUCUAUUCAUUUGCCAAGGAACUCUAUCCAAGCAACUACGAACCAAGCCCCAGCCAUCUGUUUGUCAAGAUGGUAGAAGAUCGAGGAAAGCUUCUUAGAAACUACACACAAAAUAUCGACACACUCGAACACAAGGCUGGUAUCAAGAAUCUUGUCAAUUGCCAUGGUAGUUUUGCAACUGCUAGCUGUGUCAAGUGUGGACAUAAAGUUCAAGGAAAGGAGAUUGAGGAAUAUAUCUUUCAACAGAAAGUUCCUCCAUGUCAUAAAUGUGCCAAGGAAGCCAGUGCAAAACCGAAGCCAAAGCCAAACAAUAGUAACAAUUCUGACGACGAUGACGACGAUGGCGAAUAUACUGGCGAAUAUCGCGGAAUGUCUAUCAUGAAACCAGAUAUUACCUUCUUUGGUGAACGUCUUCCGGCUGAAUUCGAUCAACUGUUGGCUGUGGAUGCUAACAAGGUCGAUCUGUUGAUUGUCAUUGGCUCAUCACUCAAGGUGUCUCCGGUGUCAGAGAUCAUGUCUCAGAUACCUCACAGUGUCCCUCAAAUUCUUAUUAACCGUACACCUAUAACCCACAUGACAUUUGACGUCCAACUCCUGGGAGAGUCAGACGUGAUUGUGAACGAACUCUGUCGACUGCUAGACUGGGAUCUCAAACACCCCAAAUUACCU